CUUUUUAAUUUUUCCCCUUACAUCAGUCCUUCCAGCCUGCUUGGCUGUUGCCAGCUGCUCCCCUCUGCUGUCACCUCACCUUUGCCAACAGCAGUGAUGGUUGAAGAAGGGAGAAGUAAAUCUGCAGCUGAACAUCCCCCAGCACUCUUCAUCGGGCUCUGAAGACAGCCAGGACCUGGCUUCUGUGGUCCUGUGUAUGAUGUUUGUGCUGCCCUGGGAGACCCCAGCCCUGACUGGGGGUGGCUCAGGCACUUCCCUUUCUGUCCCUACUAUGGUGUUAAAUCCUCUUUGACCAGCCCCUUCCUGGUGUCUUCUCAGGGCCAAAGAGUGCUAUGGCUGCUGCAGGUUUGUGCUGUCCUAGAGCUACUGAAGGCUGCUGGAAGGAUUCUGCAGCUGGAGGUGAUGCUAGGGUCAGCUCCACCUUCCCCUCCCUGCCCUGCAAGCUGUUCCAUUGUAAGUGUUGCUGGUUGGAGAUAUUUAGGGUUCUCCCCAAAAAAGCAUUCCCAAGGAAAGCAAAGCUGAAAUGCAGCCUUCUCUGUGGAGUGGCAAAUGGCCCCAGGGGCUGCAAGAAUUAGAGAUGAAUGUGAGAUCGGGGUGAUCUCCAAACAACCCAGCCUGGCUGUGUCUGGAGGGAGGCUGUGUUAAUGCAAUCUGGGGUUACAGGCACAAGCUUUGCCUUUGGAAAGCAAAACCAGAGCAGUCACACACAGCCUUUGCCCAUGUAAUGAAGCAGGCCUUUGUGGGGCCAGUAGCUGGAUGUAAAUUCUAGUUAUAAUCUAAAGAUAAUAAUUGGCAUUUCCCUUUGUUGUUCUUUAAGAUUUUUCUUGGGAUCUCUUCCCAUUUUGCAGUUAAAGCUGAACAAAAAUGAGUGCAACCCAUUUAUUCCCCCAUCCUGCUGCAAACCAGAGUGGUUGCAGGCAGCUGAGCUGGCAAGUACUUUCUCAGUACUGGCUGUACAUGGUGUCAGUAAUUCCAGCAGCAUCCCGUGGAAAAGACUGGUGCAAGCAGCAUAGAGGUGAUUUCUCCAAAUCCUGGGGCCAAAGCCAAAUCCUACAAGGGGAUUUUGCAGGUUUGCUCCUUCUUCACUGGAAUGUUAUAAUCCUGUAGUCUUUUACAUGGACUUGUAGAUUGAGUUAUUUGGCCUUUUACUGUUUCUCUGAUGCAUUUCCCCUGCCUUGCCCCAGACAUGUUCCAUCCCUGGCCAGAUUCUGCAAAUGAGGAGAGGACAGGGACUUCUGCUGUGCUUACCAGCGGUGCUGGAGAUGCUGCUGCAGGGCUAUUGUGGGUUCAGGACAGUUUUAGGGGGUCUGGCAACCCCCUCAGGCAGGCCCUUCACAUACUUGCUUGCAGCACAGCAAACAGGAAAUGUGUGUGCACCGGUAGUUGAGUGCAACCCAAAAACGGAAAGCUGCCUUGAGUAAGAGAAAAAUGACAGCUUGGGUGCGGGGCUGGCGGGUGCGCAGCAGCAACACCCUCGGCUCAGGGCUGAUAUCCCCCUGACCUCAGGGAACCUCACAGCACGGCCAGACAGCGCCUUGAAGCUCAGGGUACCUUUCAGCACGCAGAAAAGUACCCAGCUGUGAGCCAUGGCUGAACACCGGGCAGGUGCCAAGGGCCGGCGCAUGGGCUCCAGCCGUCGCAGGCAGCUCUGCAAGGAUCCUGGCCGCAGCGAGGAGCCACCGUGGGCAUCUAAAGUCAUGCAAAGGGUGCAGGACUUCAUCCAGGGGCACCAUAAGGACCAGACAGGGUUCAUCACCCGCUCAGACAUGCAGAAGUUGCAGGAGAAUGAUUUCCCAUGCAGCACAGAGGAGCUGGAGCUCCUCUUUGAUGGGCUGGAUGCUGCUGGCACCGGGCGGUUGAACACUGAGGAGUUUGUUGCCGGGCUCUGGCAGUUCCUGAGCUCCCAAAAGGCCAGCAGGGACCAUCGCCAGCGGAAAACAGCAUCCUGGAGGAACUCAGUCCUUGCCGGCCCAUUGUUGGAGGGGGUGGACAGUGAGGAGCAGAAACACUUUGCAGCCUUCAUGGACCAGCUGGGCACAGAUGACAUCUCUGAAGAGCAGGAGAUCUGGCAGCUCUGGGCCAAGCUCCGGAAGGAUGAGCCCCAGCUCCUGGGCAACCUGGAGGACUUCCUGGCCAAGAUGAGGCACCGCAUCCAAGAAGCCAGGAGCAAGAAGGAGGCCUUGGAGGUGACCCUGAACAAGUGCAUGGCUGAGCACAACCUGGAGGUGCAGCGGCUCUGUGCAGCCAUGGAGCAACAGAUCCAGCAGGAGCAGCAGCGGCUCAUGCAGGAGAGCAUGGCCCGAAGCCACUUGCAUGGCAUGGAGCUGCAGCGAGUGCUGGAUGCCAGCGAAAGGGAGGUGCAGCGUUUGGUCGCAGCACAGGUAGAGCUGGAGACACGGUGCCACAGCCUCCGCAGCAUGCAGCAAGCUGCCAGCACCGAAAAGCAGCAGCUGGAAGAGAGCAACCGGGUGCUGGAGGAGCAGCUGCAGCACAUCAACCUGCAGCUGCAGCAGACCCAUGGGUGCCUGUGGACCACAUGGGCCACGGUGGCUCAGGAGCACACAGAGGAGCUGCAGGACAGAGCAGUGGCAGAGCUGCCUGGUGAGACGCCGCCAUCCCUGCAGAUGAGUCCAGAGCAGAGUGAGAAGUACUGCUCAGAGAUGCAGAUCAGGCUGGGGUCCCGAGUUGGCAAGCCGCAACGCAAAAACACCCACCAAGUGGUUUGGGAAAAGCUGCCAGCAGAAACAAGCAUUUCAGGACUGCCAAGAGCACUCUCUGUAGAAGAGGACCCUUUCCCUGAAUUUCUGAAAGAGGAACAGUUUUCUGACCAAGGUUCUUUGCUAAGAGAGAUGAAUGAUGCAAUAGCAGCUCUGAGCGUGCAGCUGGUGCCACAGGCACCAGCUACACCCACUGCACUGGCAGAAGCUGCCUGUUGCCUGCAAGACGAUGCUGAGCCCCAAACAGGACCAGAGGCAGCAGCACUGCAUGGCUCAGCCAUUGGGGCCCCACAGGAUACCCACGUCGGUCACAAGCUGUUCAAAGUAGACCUGAGAGAGGGACGAACUGCAGCUGAGCUUCCUGCUCGGGACAUGACACAGGCCGGUGCGUCCACUGAGGAGCUGGGGGCAGAGCAGGGAAACAGCUUGGAGGGAGCAGGGCAGGGCCUGGAGGUGCAAGGGACUUUACUUGGGAAGGGAAAGGGUGCUGAUGAGAAGGAGCAGAUGCUAAAGGAGGCUGAGCGUCCACAAGGUGCACCUAGAGAGAGCACAGAGACAGCUGAGCAGGCAUGGGUGGAGGUGGAGGGAGCAGAAUGGGUGCACAAAAAGACAGAGCAGGAAAAGGCACAGCCGCCAGGAGAUGCUGAAGAAGCAGUGUUAAGCCAGGGAGAAAAUUUGGAGGCAACCCCUGAGGGCUGGGAACUGGAGCUUGCACCAGGUUGGGGCUUUGCCAGAGAUGUGCUUGGGGUGCCGGGAGGGUGCCUGGAGCCAGAGCUGACAUGCAGGGGUGAGGUGCAAAUGGCAGCAAAGCAGGAAGACGGUGUCCUCCCAGGGGUGACAACAGUUCCCAACCCCGAAAAUGUAGAUGGGGAAGGUGAUGGUGCAGAGGUGCAGUCAUGGGGACAGGACAAAGGAACGGUGCAGGUAGAUGCAGACCCAGCUCAGGUGCAUGGAGCAAAGCAUGGCAGGAGUCAUGGAGCAGCCUGCGAGCUCCCAGCUGAGGCUGCAGAGGAGGAGAGGGGUGCAGGAGAGGCAAUGCAGGGAGGGCAAGGUGAUGCUGGGCUACAGCCCAGUGGGGAAGAUUUUGGGGACAUGAAGGAAGGGACCGCACAUGCACACGUGCUACAGCUAGAGGCAGUGCCACAAGCUGAAACACAGGAAGGGGCAGUGGUGGCAGAUGUGCAACAGCUGGAGGCCCUGAGCAGUGCUGCCUGUGUGCAGCUGCCUGCAGAGAUGGGGGAGCUUGAGGCAAGCCCAGGAGGGAGCCCGGCGGCAGAGCUGCAGCGCCGAAGUGUUGCUGGUGCCCCAGGUACAGUGCAGGCAGGGAGCAUGGGGCCAGAUGUACAACCCCUGGAGGAGGCUGGUAGAGCAGAGCCAGGGCUGGAGGAGAGAACCAGUGCUGCUGCAGUGCUUGGUGAGGGCCUUUCCCCAGCAGAAACCCCUAUGGGGAGCCUAGGUCUGGCUAGGCUGGUCCUGAUUAAUGCUCAGACACUGGGAAUGGAGGAGGCAGAAGACUCUCCAGCAGAGACUCUGCUCCAUGGGGGUCCUAUCCCAGAAGCCUCAAGGGUUGUGGGGCACCACAUGGCCAUGCAUCUCAGGGAGGAGGCUGAGGAUGGGGGACAAGGGCCAAGCAAGCCUGGGCUGCCAAAUCAGCCUCUGCUUGAUCACCAGGGAGCAGAAGCUGGGCUGGCAGAGGGGGCUGCUUCAGAGGUGCCACCACAGGAGAAGGCUGGAAGCAUGGAGGUGCUGGAGGCCCUGAGCAGUGCUGCCAGCGUGCAGCUGCUUGCAGAGCUGGGGGAGCUUGAGGCAAGCUCAGGAGGGAGCACAGCAGCAGAGCUGCAGCACCGAAGUGUUGCUGGUGCCCCAGGUACAGAGCAGGCAGGGAGUGUGUGGCCAGAUGUACAACCCCUGGAGGAGGCUGGUAGAGCAGAGCCAGGGCUGGAGGAGAGAACCAGUGCUGCUGCAGUGCUUGGUGAGGGCCUUUCCCCAGCAGAAACCCCUGCAGGGAGCCCAGUCCCUGAUGGACUGGUCCAAGAUAAAGCUCAGGAAUUGAAAUUGAAGGAGGCAGAGUCACUUGUGCAGGUGGAGGAACUCUUAUCAACCCCUGGAGGGAGCACAUGGGCUGACCUGCAGCCCCUGGUUGCAGCAGGGACUGGGGAAGUGGCACAGAGCCAGGCUGUGGCUUUGGAAGCAGGGCUGCGCAGGGUUCACAACACAGAUGCGUGGGAUGGGGAUGCUGAUGCACUUGUGCCCCUUCCAGCUGUGGCUGCUUUGCAUCAUGAGUAUGCUUCUGCCACUGCACAUCCUUAUCCAGAUGUAAUACUGGUAGCACUUAAUGAUCCAGAUGAGCAGGUCCUGGAAGAAAACCAAGCUCUGGAAAUUUUCCAGGAAGAGAGUGGUGAUGCAAAGGGGAGGCCUCUGGAUGGAGCUCAAGGUCUGGAAGUUGUGCAGGGAGCUAGACUAGAGGCAGAGACAAGGAUCUUAGCUGAAGUUCAGCAUUUAGAACUAAAACAGGGCCAUGAUACCAAUGCAGCCACGCUGGCGUCCCCUGUUUCUGAGGUGCCUCUACAAAUUAGCACUCUAAAUUGGGAUACAGUGAUGCAAGAGGAUGUUCUCAUUCCAGAUGUGCAAUGGCUAGGUGGUUCGGGAAAGGCAGCCCAAAGUGAGCUCCUGGAGCAGGUCUCAUCACAGGCAGACAAGGUGAGGCUUCAUGCUGCUCCCCAGCAGCCACAGGAGAAGCCACCAUGUGUGACAGAAACCGAGCGAGUAGCUGCUGGACCUGCCGAGCCUCCAAAACAAGAGGUACCACCAGUGUCAGCCUUUUGCACAAGGGUCCAAGAGGAGGAAGAUACUGGGAAUGAUCUGCUGGGGAUGAAUCUCGGAGACAGCACACUGGUGGAUGCAGCCAACAGCAGGGUGCAGCCUCAAAGGCAUCUCUCAGGAGAGUGGAGGGAAGACCUUGAUGUUGGCCAACCAGAGAAGAAAAAAGAGAUUGGGCAGAAAAUGAGCCAGGAAGGUGAGCCCAGCCCAGGAGAGCCAGGAGCUAUGACUGUGAAUGGAGCAGGAGCUUCCCCAAGGGGCUCUUCUGAAGUCUCCCUGGACCCAGACUACUUGUACAAUGUGCUGUUUGUUGGUGAUUCCCAUGUGGGCAAAACAUCCUUUCUGUACCGGUUGCAUGCCAACACCUUCAACCCGCACCUCACUGCCACAGUAGGACUGGAUUAUCAGGUCAAAAGCCUCAUCGUGGACAACAAGCACUUUGCUCUCCGUCUAUGGGACUCAGCUGGGCAGGAAAGGUACCACAGCAUCACCAAGCAGUUCUUCCGGAAAGCAGACGGGGUGGUGCUGAUGUACGACAUCACGUCGCAGUACUCCUUCGCAGACGUGCGCUACUGGCUCAGCUGCAUCCAGGAGGGAGCAGAAGAUGGAGUCACUAUUCUGCUUCUUGGGAACAAAACGGACUGCGCUACAGAGAGACAGGUCCCUACUCAAGAGGCGGAACGCUUGGCUGAGGAGUAUCAGCUCAUAUUUUAUGAAUGCAGCGCUGCCUCGGGCCACAACGUUGCUGAGUCCAUGGUCAGCCUAAUCAGGUCACUCAAAGUUCGUGAAGAUCAAUUGAGAAAUAAGGCAGAAGAGGUACCAAAGCUGCCUCAGAAGAAAAAGGGCUGCUGCUGAUGAUGAACAGAGUCCCUGCUGUGGUCUGAAACUGCUGUGGCAGAAAAGCAAAAAAACAGUUCUUGACCACCAGCUCUGCUCCCUGUGUGCCUGUCUUGCCUGAGCUCCCUUGAUGCUGAGGGCAAAAAAUGCUGCAGAGGAGAGGGCUGUUGUCUGUCCUGCUCCCUGCUCAUCUCUGCAAUUGCCAGUCGCCAGAGAGCACAAACCCUCCAAGAGACUUAUUGGGAAACUGCACUGCCUUCACCUGAAGACCAAAACCAGGCUAAUGAAGGAGGCAGAAAGGAACCCAUCUGGAUCCAAGAUACUGGAACCAUCCUGGAAGCAGCAGGCGGCAAAACCCAGUCUCAGGAUAAAAGAAAUGAGUACAGGGAGUCAGCAGAAGGUUUAAGGCCAUUUGUGCUGCUGUGCAGUGGGGACUUUGGCUCUGUCUUUACAACCUGGUCAGAUUUGGUUUGGACCAAUGAAACAUGCUGUAUAUCCUAAGUGCACUGUGUAAGUCUCUCCAACUUGGCGAGGCAAAGCUGUUUUCCCCUCUUGCAGUUUACAUUGCGAGUGAUCAACAAUGGGUCCUGACUGAAAAAGAUUGAAAACUUUGAUCAAAAUACAUUGAAAAGCCCCAAGAGCAAGUCCGGGAUAACAGAAAGGGCACUGAGGUGGUGAGGUAUAUAGACAGAAAAAUGCUCAUGAGUCCUUGUUUCACUGCAGUGCACCCAGAGCAUAGUCUUGUACUGUCACAGCAAGCCCUCAGUAUGGGCAGGGAAAAGUGAGCUUCUGCACCCUGCUCUUUAAAAGUGAUACUUCUGAUGAAGUACUGAAUCUCAGUGUGACAUCUAAAAAAGGUACACAUCACAAUUUCUUUUUUUUUUUUAACAGCUUGAUGCAGAUAACUAUUUUUGCAGAGAAAGGCAUACAGACUAAAUAGAUAAGAAUACAAGUGUUACAUUUUCAUGUUUUUAUAUAUUACAAAAAAAAAAAAGUGUGUUUCUGAAUCUGUUAUAGCCCAGCUUUCCAGUGAAACAAGGCUUCAGAGCUCCUCAUGUAUGUACCUAGUUUCUCUUUCCCUGCUUCUAACAGUGACUGUUUUUAACCGUAUGUGAUAGGUAGUGAUAUCAAAGCUCCGAGAAAUUGCCACUUCUGUAUUAAUAAAGGCAGAAGUGACUGAGAGUAAUUCAUGUCCCCAUUGUUGAAAAGUUGUUAUUUAAGUUUAGUCUUUAUUAGGCAAUGGAAAAUGUGUGUGGUGAAGACUUGCAGUGCACAGUGCCAGGCAAGGAUAGACUGCCGUGGCCCUGCUCACAGAAUUACACAUUUAAACAGAGCACAUGUGCUGCUCGCAGCCCUGUCUGAGAAACACAGAGAGGUUUCCCUGCUGUCCCCGAAACCAGGUGACAUCCAAAAUCAGGCUGUGGCUUUAUUCCCUUAUUCUCAGGAAAAGUCAACUCUGUAUGAUCCACAAAAAGUGUUCAGAAUUGCUAAUGAUUUGCAGAUGGAGAUGAAUGGAGACCAAAGAAUGACCAUGCUCUGAAAAAUCAGGGUAACGAGCUCCACCAGGGAGGGUGGUAGGUACUGUCACUUUGCAGUGACAAUAGCUGAAGCAGCAGCAUCAGUACUGGCAGCUCUCUUAGACAUGCCAUCCCCUUUGCAGUGCCCCAACACCUCUGUAUCAUCAAAGCCCCCAUCCCCUAAGAGUCCUUCCCAAGCCCAUCCUUUUGCCAGUGGCCAUCCUCCACUGGCCCUAAUCUUUAAAGAACUUUAUUUGCUUAAUGCAACAUAUGACACCACUCCAUGGUGAUCCCCUUCUACCAUAUUUCAUUAUAGAAUGGUUUUAUUACUUGUUGCAUUGUGGGACCAGCCUGAAAAAUGCAACUACUCAGGAAGAGUUUACUUGGCUCAGCUCAGGGCUGUGGCUGGAUUCAGGAUAUCCAUAACAGGAUUUGUUUGUUCCCAUCUUCACUGUUUCUGCUGUUUUAUCUUAAAACAACAUAAAGCACACUUUGCAAGUCUAAUCUGUGAUGAGAGAAGCACCAUUUCAGCCUGAUCAGCCCAAGUGGGCUCCUUUCACUGGCUCUGUAAUGGUUCCUGGCUGCACGGCCACUGUGCAAAGCUGCCCAUGUGGUGAAGUUUGACGACAGAUCACCUUUUCCCUUUGCUCGGAUUGCAUGCAGCUGUUGCUGCUUUUCCUGCACAAUCUUGCUACUACACAAACGUUUUUAUCUGCCACAUAAAUGUGAGGAGUUGAGGCUGCCGAGGCUAAAUUCUCCCAUUAGAUGGCAGCAAAUGCAGCAAUACCUUCAAAUCGUGAAACUUUGCUGCUCCAGGGAAAGAACAGAGGGCUUGAACAGGGCCCAAAACAGUGAUCUGCAAAAGAAAAGGCUUCACAGAGCAGCAAAUAGAAAGAAAUGUCUGUUCUAUUUCACUGGAAAUAUGUCUAUAAAAGAGGAUUGACUUUGUGCCCAAAG